AUGUCAAUAAGCGAUGACGAUGACGAGUCCAAACGCUCACGCCGAGGGCCUCCUUCGAGAAUACCUAUGCCGGAUGCUGAUCCGCCAGCGACCGAGCUCGACUCAGAUUCGUCUUGCGAAUGUCCUUUGAGCGAAAAGAACCACGACGGCCACCGGCCGUGUACCCUCGACACACGACCAUCUCAGAUACGCGCAAGUGGUCGGGAUGGCUCGGGCGGACUCUCGGGUCCAAUCUCGCGGACAGUAUCGCGUAGGGAUACCGUACUAUCCCGAAUACGGUCCCGUCCGGAGGUGCCGCCGUUUAGCCAUCCGCUCGCGAAAGUGAAGACUGGCCAGGAAUCGCUCGUCGACUUCGACGGACCGGAUGACCCCUAUCGUCCUGUGAACUGGCCGCAGCACAAGAAGAUAGCUACAACACUGCUCUAUGGUCUAGUUACUAUGACCGCGACUUGGGCAUCCUCGUCUUAUUCUGCCGGAACUCUGCAGAUCGCGGAGCAAUUCGGCGUCGGGAGGCAAACAGCAACACUAGGAACCACUCUCUUUCUCCUCGGAUUUGGCAUAGGGCCUCUGCUCUGGGCACCGCUUUCCGAGGUCUACGGUCGGCGCGUAGCGGUGCUGACGCCUAUGUUUAUCUCUAUAUGCUUUUCGUUCGCUUCCGCUACAUCUAAGGACUUCCAGACUCUCAUGCUAACGCGGUUCUGGGGCGCUAUAUUCGCCUCUGCUCCGGUGACGAAUACCGGCGGCGUCCUAGGCGACUUAUUCACGCCGGCCUACCGUGGUAUCGCCAUGGCAGGUUAUGCGAUGGCAGUUGUAGGUGGCCCGACGAUUGGUCCCAUCGUGUCGGCCGCCGUUGUAGCGCAGCCGAGCCUCGGCUGGCGAUGGACAGAGUACACGACGGGGAUGUUACAGUCCGUUGUCCUAUUAUUCGCUAUCAUCUUUAUCGACGAGACGUACCCACCGAGGCUUCUUGUUGCUAAAGCGAGACGACUGAGGCACGAGACGGGCAACUGGGCGCUCCACGCUAAGUUCGAAGAAUGGGAUGUGAACGUUGUUGAACUGGCGCGGAAGUUUCUUAUUCGUCCGAUACAGCUUCUUUGUACGCCGAUUUGCUUCCUCGUUGCCUUGUAUGCGAGCUUUUGCUAUGGUAUUCUAUACAUGCAGCUCGGCGCGGUGCCUAUUAUAUUCGGAGAGAUCAGAGGAUGGUCCCUAGUGUCGAGUGAACUACCGUUUUUAGCCAUCUGUCUUGGCUCGUUAACCGGCGCAGUUAUCAACAUGUCGAACCAGCUAUACUACAAUAAAUCUUACCAUGCUUCAGGCGACAGAGCAGUCCCCGAGAAGAGAUUACCUCCUAUGAUGCUAGGUUCCGUACUUUUUGCGACCGGCCAAUUCAUCACUGGAUGGACUGCAGACCCAGCCGUCGCCCCCUGGAUCGUCCCUGUCAUCGGGCUUUACCUUACUGGAUGUGGUUUUAACACAAUCUUCCAAGCAGCGCUCAACUAUCUCGUCGACACUUUCCAGAUGUAUGCGGCAAGUGCCGUGGCUGCUAAUACAUUCUUGCGGAGCUGCUUCGCUGCCGCAUUUCCGCUGGUUGUCACGCCGUUAUAUCACAACAUCGGGGUCGGCCCCGGGUCGAGUAUCUUUGCUGGGUUUGCAUGCUUGUUGAUUCCUGUGCCGUUUAUCUUCUACUUUUUCGGGAGACGGAUUAGGGCUGCUAAUAAAUGGAGCAAGCACAGCGUGUUUUAG